AUGCUUGCAGCUCAAGACGUUGCUGAGAGGUGCAAACAGUUGGGAAUCAAUGCCCUUCACAUCAAACUUCACGCCACUGGUGGUACAAAGACCGAGACUCCCAGACCUGCUCAAGCAGCUGUGCGAGCUCUUGCACGUAGUGGAAUGAAGAUCGUUGUUUUGAAGAUGUCACUCCUACCCCUUCCGAUCAAACUCGACGAAAGGGAGGACGCAGAGGGCGCCGUCUUUAAAUUGUUAUUUGUUAUCUGA